GCCGGAACGCCAGUCGUUGUCUUGCGCACGAGUUUCAACUAACCUCUCGCAGACCGGUAGAUCAUGUUCUCUAAAAAAGUGUAUUAUUUAUUUGAAUUAUUCAGUUAAAUUAUGAAUUUUAAGUGAUUAAUUUUUAAUACAAAGAAAAUGGAUCGUGAUAAGGAGACAGCAGCAGUCAUCGAUAACAGUAUCUACACAGUAUGCCUGAACGACGACGUUAAAACUAUAUCACAAUUCCCACCGGUUGUGAAUUCAGAUAAAAUAAAUAAAAGUGUGAGCAGUGUAGAAACUGUGGACACCAAACCAAAUACUGGCCCACAGACAACAAAGUCAUUAUGUAUUCAGUUAUUUACUUUAAUAAUACUGGGGUUGAUGUCAUGGGGUCUGGCCUGGAGCCAGUGGGGCGAGGGCUGGGGCUGGGACGGGAAGUGGUUCCGACUCGGGCUCGUGGCGGCGAUAGCCUGGGGCAGUGGGCAGGCCCUGCAAGCCAUUACGACUUUGCCUGGGAUGUUGGCUGCCCUGUUCACUGGCAUCCUAGCUCAGAAUAUCGGGUUCCUUGACAUGCGCGAUUAUCUUGAAGUAGAUGGAUUUUUAAGGAAAAUAUACCCAGUAGUGGUUCUUGGGAAAGGCUCACUGGGAUGGAACGUGGACUACAUGAGAAGCAACUGGCAGAGAGUAGCCACGCUCGGCGGCGUCCCGUGGCUCGCGGAGGUGGCGGCGGUAGCGGUGUGCUCACACUACCUGCUCAACUUCCCGUGGAUUUGGGGUUUCCUGCUCGGCUCAGUAUACUGUUCGCUGUCGUGGGCGGUGGUGAUGCCCGGGGUGGCGCGACUCAGCGCCGCCGGGUCCGCUCGCAACUGGGCGCAGCUGGUGUGCACCGCGGGCGGCACCGACACAGCGCUAAGCGUCGGCGUCUACGGACUCAUCUUUAGCUUUAUAUUCACCGGGGAAACCGAACUGUAUAAAUAUAUCAAGGCCGGAUCGACUCUGUUCGUGGGCGUGAUACUGGGAGCAGCGUGGGGUAGCCUGGCGGGGCUAGCACCACACUCGCGCGACUACUACGUCGCCGAGCUGCGGGUGCUCUUCGUGCUGGUCGGUGGACUCUUCGCCAACUUCAUGCUAGUGCGCUUUGGGUGGGCUGGAACUGCUGGAGUCGCUGUGUUGGUGUGCAACGCAACAGCCGCGAAGUUCUGGGCGCGCGACGGGUGGAAGCUAAACAGCAACCCUGCGUCCACGGUCUACCGGGUGUUUUGGGCCGCCUGUGAGCCAGCCGUGUUUGCUUACACCGGCACUUUCUUUGUGGUUGAUAAUGACCUCUGGGAUGUUAUGUUGAUCGGGUUAGCAAUCCUGCUGAUAUGUCUGACUGUGAGACUUACGGCGGCCGCGCUCGUCUGCUGGGACAUGACCCUCGAAGAAAGACUCUUCGUUUGCUGCACCUGGGUACCCAAAUCUAUAGUAGAGGCUGUACUGGCGCCAACGGCUCUAACGGCGGUUAUCUCCCGGGGCCCUCACCAGGACUACGACAAAGACUUGGCCUGCGCAGUCAACAUACUGCGACUCCUGGUUCAAGCCAUCAUCUUCACAACCCCUGUAGGAUACCUGCUUACUAACCAUUUAGGACCAAAAUUACUUAAAGUACCAAAGAAAUCCUGUGAUGAUAAGAACUUAGCAUAAUCCUAGAGUAGAUAAUUAUAAUACUUAAUUUUUGUGUAAUAUUUUCUUUAUUAAGUAUUUUGUUUAUGUCUUUAGAAUAAUCCUCAAAUAUACAGACUUUAAGUACUUAUAAUUAUUGACUUUUUGCUGAUACUAAUGUCGGAAUGUACGAGUAUUUUAAAGUAAUGUAAUAAAUGUCAUGAAACUCGUGAUUUAAUACUUUAUAUACAAUUACUUAUAUAAAAUAUUAUUUAGAAUUACAUGCAGUAGAUAUGUAUUCGAAUCUCUGCAAAUUGUUGUCAUUGAAUGAUACAAAAUAUAUGUAAUU